AUGCCAGAACGCCGCGGGCGAGGACGAGGCUCAGACAGAGACCGCUACCACCACGAUGACGACUACUCAGACCUCUCCGACUACGACCGUCCCUCCCGAUCAACAACAGCACCUCCCAAGCGCCACCGCUCCAUAAGCCGUCGAGCCCUGGACAGACUCAGUUCCACAUUUGGUAAUCUCGGCCUCAACAAAGAUAAAGACGUACGACCCAGGUCAACCGGCCGCCAUCGUGAUGGAGGACAUGGGGACGACUCCGACGACGACACUGACUAUAGCACCAACUACACCCACACCCACAACAACAACAACCACAACAAGAAACGUUCCUCCCGAUCACGGCACCACUCCCCCGACCGCGAUCACGAUCGCGGCAGUGGUACCCGUUCCUCCCGCUACCCGCCUCGAGCCAAUCUAAACCGUCAACGCUCCUACUCGUAUUCCCCCGAGCGAUACGAAAGUACUAGGCGAGGGAGAAGCAGCCACCGGAGCGGCACGGGCUACAGCGGCCGGGACCCACGUUCCAGGAGCCGAUGGGGACGAAGCAUCGACGCCGCGCUCGACGCCGCUGCCAUUGAGGCCAUCAGGGUGCGCAAGGAACCUGGUCCGUGGACGGGCAGGAAAGGGUCAAGGGUGUUGACGGCGGCGAUGGCGGCGGCGGCGGUGGGGGCCGCGACGGAUCAUCGGAAGGUGAAUGGGGAUGGGAGGGAGGAUACCAAGGGGAAGAUUGGGAGUGCGUUGGGCGGGUUGGUGAUUAAUCGGAUGCUGAAUGGGCCGAAAAAGGAUUUGAAGAGGGACUUGAGGUAUUAG